AUGUCUGCAGAGACUACCCAAAUUACGACCGCUGCUGCCGACAAGCCGCUUGGCAUGCGCAAGAAUGGCAAGCAGUGGCACGCCCCCAAAAAGGCGUUCAGGCCGACGGCAGGCUUGAAGUCCUACGAGAAACGCGCCAAGGACCGCGUUGCAAUGGCGGCGAUGAAGGCCAAGGAGAAGGAGAUGAAGGACGAGAAGGAGGCAGAACGCAAGGAACGCAUUCAGAAACUCAAGGACAAGAGGGCCGCCAAGGAGGAGAAGGAACGUUACGAGAAGAUGGCCGAGAAGAUGCACAAGAAGCGGGUAGAAAGAUUGAAGAGGAAGGAGAAGCGCAACAAGCUUAUCAACUCAUGA